AUUUUAAGCCCGAUUUGUAAAUUAACGAGCUGGCCGACAGAUCGGUCUGUGAUCGUGGGAAAAUCAGCGGGUGAUCAGCGCUCGGCAAUCUUUAUGUGUGAUCUACUCAACGAUGCCUCAAAGAGGCUCACUGACGCGUCGCAGACAAAAUCCAGAUACCUGGCAUGUUAAAUAUCUGGGACGGUCGGCCGACUCCACAUCACGUGGUGUCAGUUGUAGCUGCGACCUCCAGCCAAUGAGAGAGCAAGUCAACAGAGUUGAGGUCACCAGAAGAAAAGCAGCAGCAGCAACAUGGCUUCAAAAAUAAUCUUUGGCGUGUUCCUGAUUCUUGUGAUCGGACUUGUUCCUGAAAUCCAGGCGAUUCCUCCCAAAUUUUGUUUCACUCAGUGGUUUAACCGGGACAAUCCUGGUGGAUCAGGAGAUUAUGAGAUCUUAGACAGACUGAGAGUGGAAUAUCCAGGAAAGAUCUGCUCCAAGCCUUUAUCCAUUGAAGCUCGGACUCUCUCUGGUGUUCUAGCCUCACAAACUGAACAAGUGUUUGCAUACUACAACACGGUGCAUGGCUUUGCCUGUGUGAAUAAUCAGCAGGUGAAUGGAAGAUGUAUGAAUUAUAAGGUGCGUUUCAGAUGCCUGUGUCCUUGGCCCCAGUGAAGCUGAAGGUGCUGCUCAAGUAACCCUGCUUCAGUCCUCCUUUCGUUUCAUGUCUUGAUGUGUAUGAGAACAUGUACUCGAGAACAUGUACAGGCUGAGGAUUAAUUACAUGAUCAGUUACAGCUUCUAAUGAGAGACUAAUAAAAUAAAUGACCACUA